UUUCGGUCGCAUCCCGGACACUGAGCAGACGUUUUGGCCACUCGUUCGGCCUCAUGCUCGUGUUUCGCGGAUCCGGGCUUAGUAUGUACAGACGCAUUAUCCAUGCAUAUGUGCUAUCAAGACAGGGCGCAUAACGUCACCGCUCUCUGUUGCGGGCGUUUCCGCCGCGGGCGCGGACGGCUCGUUGGGCCACGAUAACGAACGAAGCUACGACGCUACACUUGGCAUCAUCCAUGACCACCACAACACAAGGACCUGCCACGGACCUUUUUUUUUUUUUUAGUGACAUACUUGAGAUAACAGCUGUUGUGGAGGCUUCUUUAUAUAUAUCGUGGUCCUCUGGUCGUCACGCCGGCCUACCCUUUCCCAAGUUUCUAUCAGACAAUCGAGCACCUAGCGAUAUCACACCCUUUAGAUCUACGGCUUUGUUCAACGAGCCUUUAAUAUUACUUCCAUCCGAUUCAAACACCUUGUCGAUAUUACAUCGUUCAGACAGCGACCAGAUGGGUCCUACAAGCGCCAUGGACUCGUUGCCCAACGAGAUUCUAAACGACAUCCUCGACCUGCUUCCAACUCGCGCUCUUCUGCCGCUUGUUCGUGUAAACAGCCAUUUCUACUCGGUCGCUUUGCACAUUCUCCACCAGCGCCUUUUGCAGGCCGCUGCCCUUCCAGAACAUCGCCUCAUCCUUGAAUGCUACCACCCAAGCGCGAAGCUCUCGACCCCAUACCUAUACUGCGAUUAUCUCCGCACAGAUAAGAUCGGUGCUGGUCCCAAUGGCGACGAGGAAGCCAACGGGCCCGAACCCGAGCCAACGCUUGCCGGACUAAAGGGCCUAUACUCGCACUUCAGACCCGUCGUUCAGGAGGAGAAUCGCCGACCGAGGCUACGCUAUCCAAGACGGCAGCAGCAGCAAGCCAACAACGGAGAGCCAUCCACAGAUGCCGCCGACCACCGACCGUCCGAGGAGGUCUUCCUCGACGAAGGCGAGCUGUUCUCCCAGCUCUGCUGCACAACUAACCUCGUCAAGGUUGGACCGAAGCCCGGCUUUUUCCUCAGCAACGUCAAUGUAAGCGACGGCAUUAUGCGUGUCUGGCGCAGUUGGUUAUCCGACCAAACCAAUUCCACGCUCUCAUCAGUAGCAUCGUCGGCGUCCUCAUCAACCACAGACCUUCACGCCACUGCGAAGAGAAGCGCGCAGCGAGAAGCAACCCGAGAAAAAGCAACCGAAUCCCCCGAGGAAAGACUCGCCAGGCUAGCGGAAGCCAAAGCAGCCAGGACCGUUCUCUGGGCUGAUCCCGAGCGGAACGUGGGCGUUCGCUUCCGUGUUACGAAGAAGGCGACCGACGAUUACAUCAACAACCGCCACUACCGGCGCGAGCAGCCGCUGCUUGUGCCAGCCGACGAAGCGUUCGAUGAAGAAGAACAACCGGUUGCCUAUCAGCUCGAGUUUGACGAGGUGCUGGUUAGGUCGAGCAGGUUGCUCUUCACGAUGCAGAAGAGCGAAGAAGUUAGCGAAGGUGCGGGAGGGAACCAUGAAGCUGUCUUCAUGGACCCAACCGGCCCAGUUUCAAUUCCAGUCCAGAUGAUUUUCUGGCCUUCGAUGCUCAUUGGCGGUGACUCGAACACUUUCCAUUGGAACCACAUGAGCGCCUUGGAGAUGACCGGUCGGGCGUAAUCGGCUUCUUUCUCCAAAUACGCUGAACAUGGGAGACGAUUGCCAAUUGCAGUGGUUUAUCCCGGUCUCUGCUCACUCGACACUGAACUUUUUUUUUUUCGUCAAACGACGCCAUCCCCACUUCUUUCACUUUGUUUCCGACACGAAGCUUGAGGUUCUCCCAACGGAACGGAACUAGACCACUCGAACACCGAUAGACAAGAUGAGCUACACGGGAUAGAUGGGAUAGAAAGUGACAUGGGAUAAGACAGACAGGAUAAGAAGGGGCUCUACAAGGCACCUAGAGAUACAGAUGCGAUUAAGUCUAUUGCAGACAUGGGUUUCGAGGAGUUCUAUGGAGUUUCGAAAAGGAUAGUUUGGAGAUUUUUGUUUCUUUUUAGAUGUUUUCCUUAGUGUCUGGCAUCGCAGCCAGCUAGUGAAUCCAAUUGAGAUCAUUUUUUUUCUCAACCUCCUCGAAGCCGCUUGAAAAUCUCAUGAGUUCAAACACAAAAGGGAUGGAAAGGGUUUUCGAGUCUCAAUCUUCAAGACUGUGUCAUGGAAUAUCAACGUCCGGGGAACAGCUUUUGACGAUCGAAAACAUCACCAAUUGAGGAUUCACAUUCGACAACACAAGUUCACGCUAUAUCAUCUUUUCCACGGAACAAAGGGAUGAAUUGAGGGAGAGAAAGUCCAGGGCGUUAGAAACAAAGAUGAAGAAAAAAAAAGCCUGCUCUUGGACUCUGGCUUUGGAACACGUUGACUUGACGACACCCAAAAUGACACUCCACCACGUUGACUGACUGACUGACUGACUUGCAGCCAACGAACGAGUAAAGUAGUUCAGCGGGUACAUUAUCGUAAGACGAUCUAAAUGAACCCAGCAGCAAG